AUGGGGAUUCUGCUGGGCGAGAGCCUCGUGCCUAUUUACAACUGCUUUGACGGCUCAAACAGUGACCGGCGGCGGACCCCAGCAGCUAGACGGCAAGGGGCCGGUGGGUGGCGUCUUCGACGGGUCCACAUCCACCUCGCCUUCGAGACGUGCAGCGACAAGUACUACUAUCUCAACAAUAUCAAGACCUUCGCCAUGGUCACCGUCGGGAACGGGGGUGCCUAUGUCCUCGUCGAGGCCUGGAAGCUCGAGAGUCCCCGGGGGGCGAAGGAGUGA